AUGAGGCAAGGAACGGGGGCUGUCCGGGCGGCGAUCCUUUCUGCAGAGUCCCUUGGCUUGCCAAUGCUGGCAAGAAGUGUGUUCCCCGCAAUCGAUCUGACAGAAUGAGAUCUGUUGCCCCUAGCCUUGGUUAUCACAGCCCUCGCCGUGCAUGCCGUCAUGUUUGCCAUGCGAUGCUUGCGAGGCACAGCGAUAACUCCCGCCCCAAGGACUCAUGCUUUCUCGGGCAAAACGUAGCAGAGUCCGAUUCUAGACGUCACUAUUCUUCUUUGGCUGUCAUCUGUCACAUUCAGGCCUCGCUUUCCUGGUCAGGGAGUCGAUUCCUUUCAGGCUUAUUCACCCAACACGACCCUGGCCUUAAACCUUCUCAAACAGGCUUGACUGCUUCAUAUCCUGAGAGUUCUAGACUCUGUUACCCCAGACUUUGUCAUGAACCAACCCCGCACCCCUCCCCCAAACAACAACAACAACAACAUGGGACACAUGCAAUGCACGUCUCAAUCAACAGCAAGUGCAGACCGAGAAUUUGCAAUUCCUCCCCAUCCAGCAAUGACUUCGUUUCUAUCACCGUGUUCGGAGUCUACCCCCCGUGGGUUGGGAGGCCUGAAACACUGGCCGAUGGUGGCGACCAAUGCCAAGUCUCAGGCCGGGUUUCAGGAUCCCGGGGCCUAGACCAUCCCAUGGCCGGUGCGACGACGGUCCUUUUGGUGAUCAACAACUCUUGUUCAGUUUGUUCCCUUCCUCUUGGCUAUGUAUUGUGCAAUACAUCACGUGGAUUCGUGAUGACCAAGUGUUCCGUUUCGUUCCUUUGCCGCCUAGAUCGCAGUGCCCCUUUUUUUCUGCGCGAGCACAGCUGUCACGGUUGUUUACAAAAUUCCCGGGGAGACUGAUUAUUACAGGAAAAUAAAUAGUUUGACGUAGAAGGGGUGAAUUAGUCGACCAGUCUGUAGGAGACGUAUUAUAGGUAUCACAUCGUUGUCGAGAUUGUCGAGGUCGCUCGGGUGCCAACAUGCGGGCCCGCGCAAGUCCGUCCCGCGGCCUGACCUUCGCCAUUAUAGAUCUGGUGGGGCCGGCCCCGAGACCGACGCUGGCAGAAGCGUGGCCAGCGCAAUGAUAGGAUCACGAGUUAUAGAUGGGCCAUAACGAAGUUUUUUUCUAAAAAAAUUUGAAAAUAGCACGCGUUUUAUUCAGCAUCGUGCACUUGAUUGUAG